CGGGAACCAACAACAUGUAAAAGUGAGUAUAUCAUUAGGUCCGACCAACAGGCGGGGCUGAUACCUUCGCAGUGCAACAGGAACUACAAGAUCGCAGAGCGCACUUGUUGGAGCUGCUGAGAUUUGAACAACUCGACUCGCGGCAUACGUCCAUCAAAGCCGCGCAUAGGAAAACGUGCGAAUGGCUACCCAACCACGAAGCUUACAGGGAUUGGCUUGAUCCGCCAAAGCUAUCGCAACAUUGUGGUUUCCUGUGGAUCAGCGGGAAGCCUGGCACUGGAAAGUCGACCCGGAUGAAACUUACUUUUAGUAAGACGAAGAAAUCUCUAAUGGCAGGCAAAGCUACUGCUUCUUUCUUUUUCCACGCUCGAGGCGACGAGCUGGAAAAAACAAUACUCGGUCUGGUAUACCGGUCUUUGCUACUGCAGCUCCUCGAAAGUUUUCGCGACUUGCAGACCGUCCUCGAUGAUCUGAGCCUCAUCCCGUUGGACCAGACAGUAUGCCCGGCAGUCGAGACCCUCAAAAGGCCCUUUCGUAACGCCAUCUUGUCCCUUGGCCAGCGCUCUCUGACUUGUUUUGUCGACGCUCUUGAUGAGUGCAGCGAGGACCAGGUUGAAGAUAUGGUCAGGUACUUUGAGGAUCUAGGAGACGACGCCCACGAAAACCAUAUCAAACUACGGAUGUGUUUCUCCAGUGGCCAUUAUCCUCACAUAAAAGUCAAUAAUGGUCUCAAGAUGACUGUUGAGGACCAGUUAGGCCGCAACGAAGACUUGGACAGAUACGUCCGGAGCUACCUUAGAAGGGUAGAUUCCGAGAAUUUCACCAAGAAGAUCCAAGACCAAAUCCUGAAGAAUGCUGAUGGUGUCUUUAUCUGGGUCGUUCUGGUUCUGGAUAUCCUCGACAAGGAAAUACGAGAUGGCCGUCUGUUUACGAUUGAGAACCGACUACAACAGAUCCCUAGCAAGCUGAGUGAGCUUUUCAAAGAUAUCUUACUGCGGGACAACAACACAACAACAACAUGGAUGACCUCCUGCUGUGUAUCCAGGGGAUGCUGUUUGCAAAACGACCACUGAGACGCAGAGAAUUCUACUUUGCUGUCCAUUUCGACCGUUUUCCUUAACCUUCCUUAUGCGUGUCGUAUUGAGGUGUUCGAUUUCAUCUCGAAAGACCUCUCAGCUAAGGUAAGGGAGGAACUUUAUCGAAGCAAGAUAUAUACAGAAGACCUUCAGACCACUCUGCCUCAAUCCGUGGCAGAAGUUAGCAAUGAAGAGGGCAUAGCGGAAUGGUUGAGAAGUGGCGAGUAUUUCUUGGAAGCGUGCGGGGAUAUGGAACCAGAUCAUUCGACACCAUGGUUUAACGAUCACGAGAUCGAGGACAUCGAGGACUUGAACUGGUUACUGCAUUGGGAACCAUCUGAGACACAGUAGACCUGUAUGUAUAGAGGUACUAAGUUGUUCCUGUAGAGUACCUGGUCUGGUCAGAAUAGGGCUUGAGCGGACGGUGGCUUGAUGAACUCUGCGAUAUUUACAUCAU